AUGGAUCCUCGCGAAGCCAGAUCGACCGGGUAUAGCACCUUUUCACCAACACUUGAAAUCAAACCCAAAACCGUCGGUCGCCCGAGGUUCGACCCGUAUCACAAGGUUCUCAGCAGGUUUUAUGAACCACUGGUGCUGUUGCGAUUGCUUGGACAGAGCCGUGGGAAUCACCAGCCGAAACCGCACGAUGUAAAUGCAGGCCAGGCUGUGCGUCGGGAUUUCUUGCGGAAUCUUUCUUACAUUUGUGACUUUGAAAAAGGCGGAGAUACCUGCACCGCGAUUGGACUUGCAGACCUCAGCGCAUGCUAUCGGUUAUAUGUCGCUUCAAAUAAAGGACAAGCUAAAAUAGCUGAGUUUCUUAAGGCUGUUCUUGGGCUACUGCACGAUUUGAAUGAGGUGCCAGGAUCGCAGUCACCUCAAAAGGAAGCAGAGUUUGUGAAGUUUUGUGUUGAUUUUGCGGAAAAGCGCAUCAGAAAGGAAAAAAACUGCUUAUUCAGGGCCGUGGAUGCUUGUAGCCGAAAGCUUUCACAUUCAGCUACAAUUGAAGAAUGCGAUCCUUUUGGGCUUGUGAGACAUUACAUCGGACGGCUAGCACAUCAUAUCCGAGCACCAAAGGAGCUUGUUAAAGCUGUCACUGAUAUGAGCCAAAUACUAGAAAGUUGCGAAGUUUCCGCUGUGGAUCACAUAGCGCCGGUGCCACCUCCUGCACCCGACAGACAUACGAAUCUUGACGGGAUUCUCAACCGUAUGUUAGGGAAGGGACACGACGAGCGACUCGACAUUGAACAUGGACUGUCGAAAAUCAACGCUGCGAAUGGACUCUUCGAUAGAUUUCCGGGCGAAUAUCGGAAUCUAAAGCCACGAAUCCAUGCAGAGGUCCAAAUACUUGAGCAUUUUCAUCGAUAUCAAAUACAAUUCACCGAAAAUGAUCGCUUUGUCGCUUGCAGUAAGGCGGCCUGUCUAUGUUGCGAAAUGUAUUUCAAACACCACCCAGCACGAAUGAUUGUCCCUGAAUCGCAUCGAAAUGUGUGGACAAACUGGGGACCGCCUCUGGUAGAGAACUUCUCGAAGGCCCACAGGGCAGGAAGGCAGCAGUUACAUAUACUGAACAAAGUGAUUCACGAGAUUGGCAAUCUUGUCAUCAGUCAAGCCCUUGGACAAUCCUCGGUUGGCCAGAAACGUCCCGAUUCAAAAACAGACAUUACAGAUCUCCAUUCCCUCGGCUACACCCCAGCACCUAUCAACGUUUCCGAAAAGAGUUCAAUGGUUAUGAGCAAAGAUACCCCCAUUGAAAAACAGAAUCAACAAUUAAAAAAUCAAGCCAGAGGACCAUCGAUUAGCCCUGGAUUAUUGACUCAUAACAACGAAGAAUCGGAUGAUGAGGGCGGAGGCGUUUCCAUUCAGGCCUGGAUGCAUUGA